AUGGACAAGACGCCAUGGUCCGACGGUGUACCGGGAGUAUCACAGCGUCCAAUUGCUCCAGGCCGCAACUUCACCUAUACUUUCCAAGCCACGCAGUAUGGAAGUCACUGGUACCAUUCCCAUUCGCUGGGGCAAAUUGAGGACGGACUCUAUGGACAUAUCCUGAUUCACCCUAGGCCAGGCACCAUGAAGCCAUUCCAUAUGAUAUCCCACGAUCCAGGUGCUAUAGAAGGAAUGGAAAAGGCCGAACGGGCUGUGCACCCUCUUAUUGUCUACGACCAUAUGCACAUUACCUCGCGGCAGAAACAGGACAUAACACCGGUAGCCGGCGUCGAAAUUACUUGCUAUGACUCGAUUCUCUUCAAUGGAAAAGGAAGAGUUCGAUGCCUGCCGGAGGAUGAACUCAUGUCACACCUGAGUCCUGCUCAGAAGGGCGACCUGGCCCUGGUACCGGGCCAAAAGCUGACGGAUAAGGGUUGCCUGCCUCCUAUUGUCCUGGCUGCCUUUGCUGGCGAUGUCACGACGUACAAUGCAAGUGCGAUGCCGGCAGCCAUAUACCGAGGCUGCAAAGAAACGAAUGGCCAUACAGAAGUCAUUAAAGCGAAUUUACCUGGUCGAAACGAAUGGCUCGCCCUAGACAUUGUCGCCGCAGUCAACUUUGUCAGCGGCGUGGUUGCAAUCGACGACCACGACAUGUGGGUGUACGCCAUGGACGGGUCGUACAUUGAACCACAAAAGGUCCAAGCACUUGGCAUGUCGAAUGGUCAGAGGUACUCUGUUUUGGUGAAGCCGACCAGGCCGGGGGACUUUCAGAUCCGGUUUCACGCCAACAGCGCACCGCAAACCAUCAUUGGAAAUGCAAUUCUUCACGUGCCGGGCGUCGUUGCCAGCACACGGGAACCAAAGCAGUACAUCGAUCUCAUUGGCAACCCGGCAUUUCCCGGGGUUGUGGUGUUCGACCAGACGAUUGCGUAUCCAUACCCUGCUGAUCCUGUUGCCCAAAAGGCAGACGAGCUUCAUGUUCUCCAUAUGAGGCUGGACGGGUUAUCGUAUCUCUGGGCAAUGAACACGACGGGUCUCAAGCCCGCAGUUGUGGACACGACACCUGAACCGCUUUUGUUCAGCCCAAAUGCAACCAAUUUUAAAAAUGCCAUCAUGACGACUAAGAACGAUACGUGGGUGGAUCUUGUCUUUUUUGCCUCGGAAUUCCCCAUGCCGCCGCAUCCCAUCCACAAACAUGGCGUCAAGAUGUACCAGAUUGGUUCAGGGACGGGCCCAUUCAGAUGGGAGUCGGUAGAAGAGGCCAUGAAGGAGAUGCCGGAUCAAUUCAACCUGAAGAAUCCGCCGAAGCGGGAUACAUUCGUCUCCAUGCCAACCACAGCUGCCGUGAAUUGGGUUGUUGUACGGUACCACGUUACUAAUCCUGGGGCAUGGUUACUACAUUGCCAUAUUCACAAUCAUAUGAUGGGAGGUAUGAUGAUGGUUAUCCUUGACGGCGUAGAUGCCUGGCCAGAUAUUCCGUCCGAGUACCUCAAUUACUCUUGA